AUGUUCGCCUCAACACUACGACCCGUUCACAACAUCAGUCUCAUCUACGCCAUUGUGUGGGCCAUCAACAACAACUAUGGGCGCUACACAACCUUGCCACUGAACAUCGCUCAGUUCGCUACGAGCGAUGAGAGUAGUGGAUACCAGAAUGAUCUGAUCGAUGCAGUGCUACGCCUGUCCGGAGGCGCCUCUGGGACCGACACAAAAAUCAAGUUCCUCCUAGAAGGAACACGUAUCAGUGCCGAUACCAACAACAUGGACCAAAAUUCCGAGCACCUAGGGACGAAUAAUUUGCCAAGUGCACAAAAUGCAGCCAUUUGGUUUUUGGAUAGCCUGCGUGCUUACGGACAUCUAGAGCAUCGUGUGUUACAGCAGAACCAUAGGCUGCCUUACAAUCGCAACGGAUAUUUCUGCAUUGUCUAUACAGGUCCGGAACGCGGUCACUUAGCUGCCCUCAAGCAGAUGUUUCAUCGCCUCUUUGCCAUUUAUGUAAUUAACGUGAAUGUGUUUCUGUCCAAACGGGGCAUUGUGUAUCUCUACACCUACUACCCAUAUGGGCCGCAACGUUGCCAGUCCUCUAUGCCCGUUUUCUAUGCCUCCUUUCAGGGCGUACGGGAUCAGUCACACUUCGAUUUGGGUAAACCCUUCUUUCCCAACAAACUGGACAGUAUGCAUGGCUGCAAGGUGGUCACGGUGACCUUUGAGCAUCGACCCUAUGUGAUCAUCGAGGCUACUGACAGUGAGCCCAGUGGCUGGCGUUUGCGUGGCAUGGAGGGCAUGCUCUUUAAUUUGCUCGCUGAGAAAAUGAACUUCAGUAUUAAGCUGGUGGCCCAGCCGGACAAGGAUCGCGGUAUUGCCUACGCCAAUGGCACGAUCACAGGUGCUACCAAAAUGAUUGUAGAUGGCACAGCCAACAUCACCUUCGUCUGCUACAUGUACAGCAAGGCACGAACGGAGUUUAUGCUGCCCAGCCUUUCAUACAUUAGCUUUCCCAUAGUGCUCUGUAUCCCGGGGGCGCGCCCCUUAACACCUUUUGAGCGUCUGGCAAAGCCCUUUUGCUUCAUUAUUUGGUCGUGUCUGUUCACAAGUGUUGCUCUGGGCUUUCUCCUAAUUGGAGCUCUACACCUGUGUACACGUCGGCGGCUGCGUCGCUUUGUCUUCGGCAAUCGGAAUCGUACGCCCUGCUAUAACUUGUGGACUUCCUUGAGCGCGGGGGUGAUCAUACAUCUGCCCCUUCGGAACUUUGCGCGCUACAUCCUGCUCCUGUGGCUGCUCUACACAUUCGUUCUGCGCACGGCCUUCUCGGGGGAAUUGUACAUUUUGUUGCAGGACGAACGGAUGCGCGCGCCGUUGGACUCCUUGUCCGAGGUAAUUAAACAGAGCUAUACUUUUCACAUGCUGCCCACGCUGGUGCCGAUUUUCCGGGCUAUGGUGCCCAACAUCCGCAUUGCGAUUGUGCGGAAUGGUGAGCACGGAAUGAUACAAGCGCAGCAGCGACUGCGGGACGAUCCCAAUGCUGACAUAGCCAUGCCCAUGCUGCAGCCGACAGUGAUGGAAUAUAAUCACGAUGCAGGCGCCACUGGUAGGCGGCUGGCAGUGCUGCAGGAGCCAGUGUUGACAGCUCCAUUGACGCUCUACAUGCGUCCACACUCCUACCUGAAGACUCGCAUCGACGAUCUGCUUAUGGCUAUGAUGUCGGCGGGCAUUGUUCGCCAUUUUAGGGAUACGUAUUUAAAGCAGGUAGAGCAGUCUGGACCGGCGACUCGUGAGCCUCAAAAACUGACGGUCUGGUUGCUUGGAGGCGUCUUCUCAAUCUAUCUGGGAAUGCAAUUGCUGGCCUGCACAGUUUUUGGACUCGAAGUAAUGGCGGCGAGCAGGCCUAGAGUCCGGCGGCUUAUGAAUCUGGCCAAUCGCUACAUUGCUUAG